CCAAGCAUCCAAUUUCCAUUCAUUUUUUUUUUGUUCGUUAAUUUCGCUGUGCACGUGCGUUGAAAGCAUUUUCAGCCGCAAACUGCGCAAUGGAUCAUCACACAUAUGCAAAAAGUGGCUCCAAAAAGUGGUCUGUGGAGGAGAAGCGUCUGCUUGUCACAAAACGCAUCGAAGCUGAAGAUUUAUUCGCCAAAUACUCGUCCAAGCAAGCGGAGCCAUGGAAAAAGUUCAAGGACAUGGCCAAAAUUGGCGACUACAGCGAACGGGCGCUGCGCAAACAGUGGCUGAACAUGGUCCAGCGCUAUCGCGUCCAGAAGUCCAAUAUGCAGGCGACGCCGCUCAACAAGCAAUGCAUAGAUGUGCUCAACGAGGAAUGGGAGUUCUUUGGGGAGAUACACGCGUACAUGAACCAAAAGACCACCGACCUGCACUCGUAUGCGCUCAAGGAGCCCAACGUCCAGGAGCACGCGCACAUCAACAAUGUGGCCAUUCGUGGCGUUGUCAAUGAUCACAACUUUGGUGCAGCGAUAGCGGCGCCAAACAGCGCUCGCAAACAGAUACGUAGCCAGUUGCAGUCGGUUGAGGCUGCGGUCGAUGUGGAGCUCGAUUAUGCACUUGCUAUGCCAGAUGAGCAGCAGCAGCAGCAGCACGAGGAGCUGGACAAGAGCUGUGAUGCAAUCCUAAUUGGCAAGCAAGUGCGACAGCUGUCAAAUAGGCGCUACGGCGAGGGCUCUCCAUCGGACAUAUACACUGACUCGGAUUCAGAGGAGAGCUCGCAGCCCUCCGAUCCGGUAGCCGUUGAGGUGUCCGACUUAUCGGAGGCGGAGUCUAUUUUGGGCUCGCCCUUGCCAGCGAAAUCAGCCUCGGAUAUAUGCGAGACAACCGCUGUGGAGCAGUUAACCGCUAACUACGAGUCUGCAUCAGGAUCAGUGCCGCUCGACGAUGGCGAGCGAGCCAAGUCGUCAAGCUGGUCAGGAUCAGCAACGCUGACGGCCAGGCCGUUGUCGUCAAACAGAAAGCGCAAGGCGUUGACCGAAAGGGAAAAAUAUUACAGACAUCGCCGCCGCUACGAGCAUCGCAUGGAGCUGCGUCUCGGCGGCCUAUGCAAAGUGGCCGGCCAGCUGUUGGAGCAGCUGGUGCCCGGCGCGAAUGUGACGCCGCUGCUGAUGAACAUCUUCAACACCGUUGACUACAACUGCAACAGCAGCUGUGACGACGACGAUGACACCGAUGAGGAUGACAUUGGCCAGCCAUGAGGCGGCUGAUUCGGGAGUUUGGAUGGAAGCUUAAGAUGCUGAACAUCAUGUUCCUCUAAAAAUGAAUCAUAUAUUGCUUUAUUUACACGCACACACACACACACACACUAUAUAUAUAUAUAUAUAUAUAUAUAUAU